GCGCCGCAUCCGCCCCUCCCCUGCCUUCUGAGGGUACAGGCGACAGCCGGGGCUUCGGGUGGUCGCGCAGCCACCAAACGUCUCCGCCAAGCCGCCUCUUCCAGCUGGCGGCUCUUCUCGGCCCAGUCCAGGUCCGGGGGGAAAAUGGCGCCGGCGCCCCAAGGCGUUCGGGAGGAGCUGCUGCUGGGGUCUUGGUUCGGACCACUUCUUCGGCUCUUCUUCCUCGCCCAGGCUGUCUUCCUCCUGCUGCCGACCGCCCGGGCAGGCCUCUGUCCCGCGCCCUGCUCCUGCCGCCUCUCUCUGCUGGACUGCAGCCGCAGGAAACUGCCCGCGUCGAGCUGGAGGGCGCUGUCGGGCCCGCUGCCUCCAGACACCUCCAGCUUGGAUUUGAGUCAUAAUCGGCUGUCUAAUUGGAACAUCAGCUUGGAGUCGCAAACAUUGCUGGAAGUGAAAAUGAAUUACAAUGAGUUAACAGAAAUUCCGUAUUUUGGAGAACCAGCCUCUAAUAUUACUCUACUCUCAUUAGUACAUAAUAUAAUUCCAGAAAUAAAUGCAGAAAUGCUCCAGUUUUACCCUGCUCUUGAGAGUUUAGAUCUCAGCUCAAACAUAAUAUCAGAAAUCAAGACAUCUUCAUUUCCUCGCAUGCAACUUAAAUACCUGAAUUUGAGUAAUAAUAGGAUAGCCACGUUGGAGGCUGGUUGCUUCGAUAAUUUAUCGAGUUCCUUAUUAGUGGUAAAGUUAAACCGGAACAGAAUUAGCAUGAUUCCACCCAAGAUCUUCAAGCUGCCUCAUCUCCAAUUCUUGGAACUUAAAAGAAACAGAAUUAAAACUGUGGAAGGUCUAACAUUCCAAGGGCUUGACUCCUUAAGAUCUUUGAAAAUGCAGCGGAAUGGAAUUAGCAAACUUAAGGAUGGAGCCUUUUUUGGCUUGGAUAACAUGGAAGAACUAGAACUGGAACAUAAUAACCUUACAGAAGUGAACAAGGGGUGGUUGUAUGGCUUGCGAAUGUUACAACAGCUCUAUGUGAGCCAGAAUGCUAUUGAAAGAAUCAGCCCUGAUGCAUGGGAGUUCUGCCAAAGACUAUCUGAACUCGAUUUGUCCUAUAACCAGUUGACUCGCCUGGAUGAAUCUGCCUUUGUGGGUCUGAGCUUACUGGAGAGAUUGAAUUUAGGGGACAACAGAGUCACUCAUGUUGCUGAUGGUGUGUUUAGGUUUCUUUCCAAUCUUCAGACACUAGACUUAAGAAACAAUGAAAUUUCAUGGGCCAUAGAAGAUGCUAGUGAAGCCUUUGCUGGACUCACAGGUCUCACUAAAUUAAUCUUACAAGGAAACCAAAUUAAGUCAAUUACAAAGAAAGCAUUCACUGGUCUUGGAUCCCUUGAACAUCUAGAUUUAAACAACAAUGCUAUAAUGUCUAUUCAAGAAAAUGCUUUUUCUCAGACUCACUUAAAAGAACUGAUUCUGAACACAAGCAGUUUGCUCUGUGACUGCCAUUUGAAGUGGUUACUUCAAUGGUUGGUUGAUAGUAACUUUCAGCAUUCUGUGAAUGUGAGCUGUGCACACCCUGAGUGGCUAGCAGGGAAAAGCAUCCUGAAUGUGGAUCUGAAGGAUUUUGUCUGUGAUGAUUUUCUGAAGCCACAGAUCAGGACACAUCCUGAAACCACGAUUGCUUUGAGAGGCAUGAACGUGACUGUGAUAUGCACGGCAGUGAGCAGCAGUGAUUCACCCAUGUCUACUGUGUGGCGCAAAGACAGUGAAAUCUUGUAUGAUGCAGAUAUAGAGAAUUUUGUUCGUUAUCAGCAGCAAGCUGGAGAAGCUCUAGAGUAUACUAGUGUCUUACAUCUUUUCAAUGUGAAUUUCACAGAUGAAGGAAAAUAUCAGUGUAUUGUUACUAAUCAUUUCGGUUCCAAUUAUUCUCAGAAAGCCAAACUGACCGUGAAUGAGAUGCCAUCUUUUCUGAAAACUCCAAUGGAUUUAACCAUUCGCACUGGUGCCAUGGCCAGGUUAGAAUGUGCCGCAGAAGGACACCCUGCACCUCAGAUUUCUUGGCAGAAAGAUGGUGGUACUGACUUUCCUGCAGCUCGAGAAAGACGUAUGCAUGUCAUGCCCGAGGAUGAUGUCUUCUUCAUUGCGAACGUGAAAAUAGAAGACAUGGGAAUCUAUAGCUGCAUGGCACAGAAUAUCGCAGGAGGCCUCUCAGCAAAUGCCUCCCUAACAGUGUUAGAGACACCCUCAUUUAUUAGACCCUUGGAGGACAAGACAGUAACCCGAGGUGAAACUGCGGUGUUACAGUGCAUAGCUGGAGGGAGUCCUGCUCCUCGCCUCAAUUGGACCAAAGAUGAUGGACCACUGCUGGUGACAGAACGGCACUUCUUUGCUGCAGCCAACCAGCUUCUCAUUAUUGUAGAUGCUGGGCUAGAAGAUGCUGGGAAAUACACCUGCAUUAUGUCUAACACCCUUGGGACGGAACGUGGUCACAUUUACCUAAAUGUCAUUACUUCCCCCAAUUGUGACUCUUCCCAGAGUAGCAUUGGGCAUGAAGAUGAUGGCUGGACCACAGUUGGCAUUGUCAUCAUUGUUGUGGUUUGCUGUGUUGUGGGCACCUCUUUGAUCUGGGUCAUUGUUAUUUACCACAUGAGAAGGAAAAAUGAAGACUAUAGUAUCACAAACACAGAGGAGCUUAAUCUGCCUGCAGACAUUCCCAGCUACUUGUCUUCCCAAGGAACACUGUCUGAGCCACAGGAAGGCUACAGCAACUCUGAGGCAGGCAGUCAUCAGCAACUUAUGCCGCCUGCCAAUGGAUAUAUGCACAAAGGAGCUGAUGGUGGCCCUGGUACCCGGGUGAUCUGCUCAGAUUGUUACGACAAUGCCAACAUCUACUCCAGGACACGAGAAUACUGUCCGUAUGCCUACAUCACUGAGGAGGAUGUUCUGGAUCAGACACUGUCCAGACUCAUGGUCCAGAUGCCCAAAGAGACAUAUUUGGCACAUCCUCCACAAGAUGCCACUACCCUGGAGAGCCUGAUAGCAUCAGCAAACAGAGAGUUGUCUGCCUUUCCCACCAACCAUGAGAGGAUAAACGAGAAGAAACUUCUCUCCACACAGCUGAGCAGUGAAACAUUGCAGCGGCCCUUGUGGAAUAUAAACAAAGAACUAGGCCUGCCUCAUCCUCCCUUUUCCCAGCAGCCAGUCCUCGAGUCACCACAACUCCUCCGAAAUGAGGGCCUGGCAGAGAAUGACACAGACUGUCCCACUUCCCCUAUGCCCUGCCGCAGGUUACAUGACCACGCUUUUGAUUUUAGUAGGACUCGGAACAUUCAAGAUGGUAGUGAGGGUACAUGAAACUCACUCCAGGAUGAAAUCUGGGCAGAGACUCAAAUCAGUUAAUUUUGUAUUUACUACCUCAGAGUUCAGAAGAAACCCCAAAGUCAGCAUUUGCUUUACUCUUUGUUUACAAUUACAUCCGAUCACAGCAAGGUGGGCCAGGCACUUGUUUGGGUUUAUACCUGGCGAAGAAAGGGUAAUGGCUGACAGAAAUGGGUGCAUCUAACCAAAAAUGUGCGGCACUGGCAGAGAAAGAUAUGGGGCAAAUGUGCUUCCUAAAGGUUCCAUGGGGAUGUGCCCAGGUGUGCAUUGCCUUUCAGAAGAGUCUCAUUGCUGCUUAACAUGCUGGAUUGUCUCAAUCCUCAGAGUGAUCCCGGGAAAAUAUCACUGUUCUACUUUGUCUUCCAAGGAACAAAAAUGACUGGCGCCCUCUGGGAAGUGUGCCUGGGAUUCUUCAGUGGUUUUAAGCAUAUAACUGAGACUGGGGCUUUGAUAUUCAAGGUCUUCAGCAAGAAUCCCAGGCUUGACUAACUGGUACCAGGUCAUGGGGUUUUGUAUUCUUGUGAUUCCCUUUUUUUUUUUUUUUU